UCCCGUAUUAAUCUGUUCCAAAAUUAACCACACUGACUAACGCGAGUAGAGUGAGUUUCGGAGCUGAACGCAGAAUAAACGCUGCAUAACCAAAGCUCCCUUUCAAUAUAACUAUCAUAUGUAUUUUUCUUGAAUAAAUCGGGCCCUGGAGCUGAAUUCUGAUUUUCCGGAAAAGUAUAGCUGACAAAAUUUGGAAGUGGGUUUGAAGUUAAGUUUAGUGUGUGCUGCGUGCAUAAAAAUAGACCAACGUGUGUAUAUUGUUUGGCAACCGAUGUGUUCUAGAAAAUAGAACACUAUGCCAAUGGUUCUGGUUUUUGUCCGACCCUGACUUGAAGUUUAUUUAAAAAGCCAUGGAAGGCGUUGUAACCAACAGCCUGACACCCGGACAAGCUGCAGCAGCUCAACCAAAUGGGCCUUACUCAACAACAGUUCAACCGAAGAGACCUGCUCGUAGAGGUCCCAAGGCCAUUCCAGAAAAACCAGCACGUGCUUUUUUCUGCCUUACACUGAAAAACCCUAUCAGAAAACUAUGCAUCAACAUUAUAGACUGGAAACCCUUUGAAUACAUCAUUUUAUUGACAAUCUUAGGAAAUUGUGUAGCUCUUGCAUUAUUCACACCAUUUCCAAAUGGUGAUUCCAAUCAAACGAAUGCCUAUUUGGAAGAAAUCGAAUACAUAUUUUUGGUGGUCUUCACUGCAGAGUGUAUUAUGAAAAUUGUGGCCUAUGGAUUUUUGAUGCAUCAAGGAGCCUAUCUUCGAAAUGGAUGGAAUUUACUUGAUUUCACUAUAGUUGUUAUAGGUAUGGUGAGUCCGAUAAUCCAAAUUUUCACGGAUGGAACGUUCGAUGUGAAGGCUUUGAGAGCUUUCAGAGUACUCAGACCCUUAAGAUUGGUCUCAGGAGUUCCAAGUCUGCAAAUUGUGUUGAACUCCAUAUUGAGGGCCAUGGUACCAUUGCUACAUAUUGCCUUUUUGGUGUUAUUCGUAAUGAUCAUUUAUGCAAUAAUAGGUUUGGAGUUGUUUUCUGAGAAGCUCAACAGUACCUGUUACGAUGCUGCCAAUAAUUUUCAGAUAAUGGAGAAUCCUCAUCCUUGCUCCUUGGAAGAUGGAACGGGAUUCAGCUGUUUGGAAGUCGGUGAAACGUACGUCUGUCGUUUGGGGUGGAAUGGGCCGAAUAAUGGAAUCACAACGUUCGAUAACUUCGGUCUUUCCAUGCUGACGGUUUUCCAGUGCAUCACAUUGGAAGGUUGGACCGACGUCCUGUAUAACAUCCAAGAUGCCCUAGGCAGAACUUGGCAAUGGUCUUACUUCGUCUCUAUGGUAAUCUUGGGAGCUUUUUUCGUUAUGAAUUUGAUUCUUGGUGUCCUCAGCGGAGAAUUCUCCAAGGAGAGGGAAAAGGCCAAAAAUAGAGGUGAUUUCCAAAAACUACGUGAAAAACAGCAGAUCGAAGAAGAUCUUAGAGGUUAUUUGGACUGGAUAACACAAGCUGAAGACAUCGAACCAGAAGGGGAGAAGGAACAACAGACACAGGAUACCAAAUCAAGUUUAAGAAACGAGAUGGAGUCAACAGAUCGCCUAGGAGAAGAUGAUAAUCAGAAGGAUUCUUGGUUCAAAAGAAGAAAACAGUGUUUCGAUCGUUUCAACAGGAAAUGUAGGAGAUCUUGUAGAAAGGCUGUGAAAUCACAAGCAUUCUAUUGGUUAAUUAUCAUUUUGGUGUUUUUGAACACUCUAGUUUUAGCUUCUGAACAUCACGGACAACCUAUAUAUCUGGAUCAGUUUCAAGAUAUAACCAAUAUAUUCUUCAUCACUUUAUUCACCCUUGAAAUGUUAGUGAAAAUGUAUAGUUUAGGAUUGCAGGGAUAUUUUGUAUCGCAGUUCAAUCGUUUUGAUUGCUUUGUUGUUAUCGGAAGUAUUGCUGAAACAGUAUUGACGAAGCAGUCCAUAAUGCCACCGUUGGGAAUUUCUGUACUCCGUUGUGUACGUUUGUUGAGGGUUUUCAAGGUUACCAAAUAUUGGAAGUCACUCUCCAAUCUUGUGGUGUCUCUGUUGAAUUCCAUACAGUCCAUCGCUUCUCUUUUGCUCCUUCUCUUCUUGUUUAUUGUAAUCUUUGCUCUCCUAGGCAUGCAAGUAUUUGGAGGGAGAUUUAACUUCAACAAGAAUGAGAACAAACCAAGGUCGAAUUUUGAUUGCUUCUGGCAAGCUCUUCUGACUGUAUUUCAGAUCCUUACUGGUGAAGAUUGGAAUGUGGUUAUGUAUAACGGAAUAGAAGCUUAUGGUGGAGUAGGCUUUCCUGGUAUUCUGGCUUGCAUAUAUUUCAUCAUUCUGUUCAUUUGUGGUAAUUAUAUCCUGCUAAAUGUUUUCUUGGCCAUUGCUGUCGACAAUCUUGCUGACGCAGAAUCUCUGAAUGAGGUAGAGAAAGAAGAAGGGGACCAAGGCGAAGAAGAAAACAGAUCAAGAACGAUAACUCCUAUUUUGGAAGAAGGACGAGAGGAACAAAGCGUAGAAGAGGAAGCAGAGGAAGAAGGUCAUUAUGGUUCUGAAAGGUCAGGAAGUAGAAAAGACAAUGGUUCAGAGACCAAAAUCCAUAUGGAAGAAGAAGAAGAUGUAUAUGAAGAAGAAUAUAAUGAGGAAGACAGAUUGGGAGAAGAAGAUACCGAGGAAGCUCCACAACCAAGAAGAAGAUUUUCAGAGAUACACGUCAACAAAAUCAAACCAAUACCAAAAGGGACAGCCCUUUUUAUUUUCUCUCACACAAACAAGUUUAGAGUUUUCUGUCACUGGUUUUGCAACCAUAGCGUCUUCAGCAACGUCAUCCUUGUCUGUAUUCUGGUAUCCUCAGCUCUUUUGGCCUUAGAGGAACCUGUAAAAACAGGUGCUGAUGAUUUCUUCACUAGGGUGAGAUUAUUUCUAAUAAAUCUAUAUGCUUUAAUACUUAAACUUCACUCUGUAUUUGUUAAGCUCCCAGUUAUUUGUGAUCCAUACUUUACCGCUAUCUUCACCGUUGAGCUAUUACUCAAGUCUAUAGCAUAUGGAUGCAUUCUGCACGAAGGUGCUUUCUUUAGAUCUGCAUUCAACGUCCUUGAUUUGAUCGUUGUUUGUGUAUCUUUGACAUCCAUUUGGAGUAGGGAAGGUGGUAUGUCAGUAUUCAAGAUUUUGAGGGUUUUGAAGGUACUCAGACCUUUGAGGGCUAUCAAUAGAGCUAAAGGUUUAAAGCAUGUCGUCCAGUGCGUAAUUGUUGCUAUCAAAACCAUUGGUAAUAUUGUACUCGUCACAUGCCUACUUCAGUUCAUGUUCGCCGUUAUCGGUGUUCAACUCUUCAAGGGCAAGUUCUCAGAAUGUUCAGAUCAUUCAAAACUUGAUGCAGCGUAUUGCAAUGGAACAUUCAUCAUUUACCAAGACGGAGACAUCAACAAGCCCAAAAUAGUUGAGAGGUUUUGGACUACAAACCGUUUUCACUUCGACAAUGUAGCUAAGGCCAUGCUUACCCUAUUCACAGUUUCGACCUUUGAAGGAUGGCCAACCCUCCUUCAUGUAUCUAUAGAUUCUCACGAGGAAAACAAAGGACCAAUUUUGAACUAUCGUCCAGUUGUGGCAGUCUACUAUAUAACUUAUAUAAUCAUCAUAGCCUUUUUCAUGGUUAAUAUCUUCGUCGGUUUCGUUAUCGUUACCUUCCAGAAUGAGGGUGAGCAGGAGUAUAAGAAUUGCGACCUUGAUAAAAACCAGAGAAACUGUAUAGAAUUCGCUCUGAAGGCGAAACCUGUGCGGAGGUACAUACCAAAAGAACGAAUACAGUACAAGGUAUGGUGGUUCGUUACUUCAAAACCUUUCGAAUAUGCCAUCUUUGUGCUGAUUCUUAUAAACACCAUAACGUUAGCCAUGAAGAUACCUCAUCCCUCUGAUUUUUAUAUUAUGAUAUUAGAUGAGUCAAACAUGGCCUUCACUGCUAUUUUCGCCAUGGAGUUCAUCUUUAAACUGGCAGCUUUUAGAGUGAAAAAUUACCUGAGUGAUGCUUGGAAUCUUUUCGAUUUUGUUAUAGUUUUAGGAGGGUUCAUUGACAUAGUGUAUCAAGAAGUAUUUCCUAAAGGAGGGGGUUCUUUCAAAUUCACAGGAAAGUUCUUUCGGCUGUUUCGUGUGAUGAGGCUCAUAAAACUCCUGAGCAAAGGAGAAGGUAUAAGAACCUUACUUUGGACAUUUCUAAAAUCCUUUCAAGCUUUGCCUUACGUUGCUCUGCUGGUGUUGAUGUUGUUCUUCAUCUACGCCGUUAUUGGUAUGCAAACUUUUGGAAAGAUUGAGUCUAGGAGUAGCGAAGGAAAUAUAAAUAGGAAUUCGAAUUUUGCAACCUUUUUCCAAGCGAUAUUGGUUCUUUUCAGAUCAGCCACAGGUGAGGCUUGGCAGGAAAUAAUGAUGGACUGUGCUGACGAUAAAGCUAAAUGCGAUAGCAGGUUGGACCAAGAGUAUUGUGGAUCAGACAUAUCCUUUCCCUACUUCAUAUCGUUCUAUGUUUUGUGUUCUUUUCUGAUUAUCAAUCUCUUCGUGGCCGUCAUCAUGGACAACUUCGAUUAUCUAACCAGAGACUGGUCUAUUUUGGGUUGUCAUCAUCUGGACGAGUUCAUCAGGUUGUGGAGUGAAUACGAUCCAGAUGCGAAAGGAAGAAUAAAACAUCUGGAUGUAGUCACGCUUCUUCGAAAAAUAUCACCACCUCUUGGUUUUGGAAAGCUCUGUCCUUACCGAGUAGCUUGCAAGAGGCUAGUAUCAAUGAACAUGCCAUUGAACAGCGAUGGUACAGUUUAUUUUAAUGCCACCUUGUUUGCUGUUGUCAGAACAUCUCUUAGAAUAAAGACAGAAGGCAAUAUAGAUGACGCUAACACUGAGCUCAGGGCAGUUAUUAAAAAAAUUUGGAAACGAACAGAUCCUAAAUUGUUGGAUCAAGUUGUACCACCACCUGGAGUUGAAGACGAAGUGACUGUAGGUAAGUUCUAUGCUACCUUCCUAAUUCAGGAUUUCUUCAAGAGAUUCAAGAAGAGGAAAGAGGAGGAGUUGAAGGGUGGAGAUAAGGAAACUCCUCACACCGUUACUCUACAAGCUGGUUUGAGGACUCUACAUGAGGCAGGUCCCGAACUGAAGAGAGCAAUAUCUGGAAAUUUGGACGAGAUGAUGGAGCCUGAACCAACACAUAGAAGAAACCAUACGCUAUUUGGAAGCGUUUGGUCUUCAAUGCGAAGAGGUGCAAGUUUCAGAGAAAAGUUUUUGAACAGAAAAAACUCUACGAAACCUAAAAAUUCUCCUGUGGAAUCAAGUAUGGAAUUCUUACCAUUUAGUGCUUCUCGAAGAGGAACCCAUGGUGGAAUCAACCACGUUAGUCCUCUGGGAAAAAGUAUUCCUGGUGUUAUAGAGAGAUCUGAUUUUCUUCAGCCUACCUACAAGGGGAGACCGAACGGCAAUGUUGCAAUGGGAGUACCGCCAACCAAUGAUACCCCUCCUUUUGAAGUUAUAGGCUCUGCUGAGAGUUUGGUAGGAAGGAUUUUAAUUGAGCAAGGUUUGGGAGAAUACGCUGACCCAGAGUUCAUUAGAAAUACUUCUAAAGAAAUGCAAGAAGCAAUGGAAAUGACCCAAGAGGAGAUGGACAUGGCAGCUCAUCAGAUAAUGCAACAAGAAAAACAGUUGCUUCCACAGUCCCAACUAUAAAAAGAUAUCAGGGAUUCGAUUGAAUAUGUCUUCGAAAUUACCGAUAAAAUAAGACAAUACAUAAUUUAUUCUAAUAAACUUAAACUUUUUAUAUACCUCAAUUAAUUCAGAAGAUGUGUUCGAAUCAGUCGAAAUGUUUUUCAUUAUUUUGCUGUUGAUCUUGAAAGAAUAUAAAUGUUGAUUGAAAA